GCGGCCGCGGGCAACGCCGCUGCUCCGCGGGCGGCCGCAGCGGAGCCCGGCCCUCUCCCGCUCGGCGCCAAGGCCCGGCCGUACGCAGAUGGCAAGUUACAGCCAGAAAAGGAUAAUACAAAUAACUGGAUUUAAAAAACAAGAGAAGAAGAUACUGCUCAAAUGCCUGUCCAAGCUGAACUGUGCUUUUGUAGAGAGUAAGAAAUACAGAAAUUGUACACAUCUUAUAGCAAAAAAGCUGUGCAAGAGUGAAAAGGUCUUAGCUGCCUGCGCUGCUGGAAAGUGGGUACUAACUAAGGAGUACAUAAUUAAUAGUGCUGAAAGUGGCAGAUGGCUUGAUGAAACAACGUACGAAUGGGGAUAUGAAAUUGAAAGAGACACCCAUUAUUCACCUCAAAUGCAAUCUGCACCUAAAAGAUGGCGUGAAGAACUGACAAACUCUAGUGCUCCAGGGGCCUUCCACAGAUGGAAAGUUGUCCUCCUUGUUAAGAGAGGUGAUAAACGAAUGGCAUGUAUUGAAAGAGUUCUUAAAGCUGGAAAGGCAACCAUAUGUUCAUGUGAAAAUGCAGAGCACAAUAUAACUCAUGUAUUCAUCGGUGGUAAAAUUUCUCCUUUACAAAAUAAAAAGUGUCUCUCAGAAGCUCAGCAUUACCCUUUGCAAUAUAUAGGACAUUACCUUUUUCAAAAUAAAAUACAAAAUCCCAGAGAUACAGAGAUGAACCGUUUCCUGGCUGCACAAGAAACAGACCAAGUCUUGCCUAAAAUGCAACUUGGUGAAAUGAAAAAUGUUAUUAUAAAACAUAUGUAUUUUACUGUGACUAUUAAGCACAGAUUUAUGCAAACAGACCAGCUGAACAAAUGCAAUCCAGAGGUUAAAAGUCCUGUCUGGGCCAGGGGCACUUGGACUAUACUUCAAGGACUAGUGGAAGAGGACUUACUUCAGGAUGUAGUCACAGAACUUGCUGCAGGCCAAAUGUACAGUGCACCUCCUGUGCAACUUCUUCAUCCUCUUCUAAAAUAUGUCCUAUUGGGAAACACUGAUACAAUAUUUUUUGCCAAACUUUGUCAUGUUUUUUACCUUGCUCUUCAUUGUGAACCUCCCUGGAAGUCCCCAUUGAUGUUGAAGUAUUACUUAGAUCUCCUUCAGUGUCCUAUCUGUAAGAAAGGUACAUGGUCCUUGAUAGAGAUACUUGUAAGGUCUUGCCUUUAUUGUGAAACAGCUUGUCAUACGGUCACAGUUUCAGGGACAGAAGAUGAACUGAGGAUAGUUCAUAAAACGUUAUUGAAAUUUUUCUUUGAUUUAGUAAAAGGCGAAGUAGAGUUUCUGACAAAAAGUUUGGUUGAAGGAACGAAUUCACAGCAUCAACAAGCCUUGCCACAGACAGUUCUUCUGAAGACAUUCUUUCUUGAAAGUGGAACCGCAGUGCUUUUUACCAAACACAUAAAUAUUCUAGCAGAUUGGGUCGUAUUUUCCCAUAGAGAAUUAAAUGGAAAAAAUGAUGCUUUCAGAAGUGAAGUUGCUGGUCUGUUAAAUGCAAUUCUUGGAACUGUAGUGGACUAUUGGAUCAUCUCAGGUUUGCUUAUGGACAGAAAUGUGUUUCAUCAAGUGCCUGAUUUGGCGCAUUACCUUGCUAUUUCAUGUGAUGAUUUUUCUGUAUGUCAAUUAAAAAUGUUUCUUUGUGCCAUACCAUCCGACUGGCUUCAACUGUUUGUUGCCGAAGCAAUUUUCAAACAAAUGUGUUUACAAAGGAAUAUUACUGUUUCUACAGAACCUCUUUCUCUUCAGAAAAUAGUCUGUUCCUAUUCAUCUGCUUUGCGAGAGAUAGGGAUGCGUGAGACAGAGGAACACAAAGCAAAGAAAAAGAAAAUAGGGCAACAGCCAUGCCCUGAGUCUCAAAGGACAUUACAGAUGCUAAAUGGCGAUAAGCAGAACCAAGUCAAAGUGCUGCCUGAUCUACCAGCAAAAACAGAAGUCCAGACUGCCCACACAAGAGGGAGUCCUCUUUUGGCUGAAGAGGUACACAAGAGAAAUAUUAAAGGAGAGACAGCCUUGCAUAAAGCUUGCAGAAAUAACAAAGUGGAGAGAUUGAUCCAGCUUCUCUCUUUGCCGGGAAUAGACAUUAAUGUUAAAGAUUAUGCUGGCUGGACGCCUUUGCAUGAAGCCUGUAACCAUGGUAGCACAGUGUGUGUCCGUGAAAUUCUGGAGCGUUGUCCAGAGGUAGACCUGCUCAGUCAAGUGGAUGGGGUGACUCCUUUGCAUGAUGCACUGUCAAAUGGACAUAUAGAUAUUGGCAAGCUGCUACUUCAGCAUGGGGGGCCAGUCCUUCUAGAGCAAAGGAACUCUCAUGAGAAACUGCCACUGGAUUAUGUUGAGUCAGUCACAGCAAAGGAAGAACUUCUGAAUCUUGUUUAUCCAGGAGAGAGCAUUGAAAACUUCUAUGAAUGCAGAGAAGAAGAUUUUAGUAAUCAGAAGAAAGAACUGUGUUUGCUUUCAUUUACUAAGAUGCUGAUUAAUUUUUGUUCUGUUUAUAAUUUGUCUACACCCCUGACUGUAACUCUGCGAGCAAUAGGUUGUUCAAAUAUACUUCCAGUAAUGGUUUGUGAUACUUCUAAGAUGAAAAAUGCAUUUUCUGGACAUUGGUUGGUAGAUAUGUAUUUUAAAGAGCUGGAAACUUUUGGAAAACUACCACAGCUUCUUCAAGAAAUAUCUGAAAGCAUGUUUUUUUUCCCUGGUGAACUGGCAAAGACCUUUUUAGCAGUUCUGGAAACAUGGCAGAAGCAUGAAACAUGUCAGUUCCUAAAUCCUUCUAGCAGUUAAAUUCCAAACAACCACAUUUGCUGAAUCUUGAGUGUUACUACCUUCUACUUGCCUGACAAAUCUAGAUGUGUGUGACCUUAGGAAUGUGCUAUAUCAUUUACACUCUGUUAAACUGUCUUGCAAGUAUUUUUUUUUUAUGUGCCUUGUGCCAUAUUUCUCUUUGGUUUUCAGAGGCAGCGACUCUAAACUUAAACCAAGCAGUUGAUUUUUAUUUCUUGGGAAAGGCUUGUGUCUAUGAAUUUUGUUAUCCCUUAAUGAAGUUAAUGUCUUAUAUUUAAAUAUGUUAUAAAUAUGUUGUUAAAUAAAAACAUACAGAAAUGCAAUGUCCUUCUA